AUGGUUCAAAUCAACGAAGCGCAAGAACAGUCAACAGCAGCUUAUAAUCGUACAGCAGCACAUACCCAUAUCAAGGGACUAGGCUUGGAUGAGUCUGGUGCUGCUAAGCACGUAGAGGGAGGUUUUGUUGGACAAGCAGAAGCUCGUGAAGCUUGUGGUGUUAUUGUGGACUUGAUCAAGGCCAAGAAAAUGUCCGGAAAAGCAAUUCUUUUGGCUGGUGGGCCAUCUACAGGUAAGACUGCUUUGGCAUUGGCUAUAUCCCAAGAAUUGGGACCUAAAGUCCCAUUUUGUCCGUUAGUUGGUUCUGAAUUGUAUUCCGUGGAAGUCAAAAAAACUGAAGCCUUAAUGGAGAAUUUUAGAAGAGCUAUUGGUCUAAGAAUCAAGGAAACUAAAGAAGUUUAUGAAGGUGAGGUGACAGAACUAACCCCAGAAGAAGCAGAGAACCCAUUGGGUGGCUACGGUAAGACCAUAUCACACGUUAUCAUUGGGUUAAAGUCAGCUAAAGGUACAAAAACUUUGAGACUAGAUCCAACGAUAUACGAAAGCAUUCAAAGAGAAAAAGUUUCUGUUGGUGACGUUAUUUACAUUGAAUCUAACACUGGCGCUGUUAAAAGAGUUGGUAGAUCGGACGCCUUUGCUACUGAAUUCGAUCUAGAAGCUGAAGAAUACGUUCCAUUGCCAAAAGGUGAGGUUCAUAAAAAGAAAGAGAUAGUACAGGAUGUGACCUUACACGACCUUGAUGUCGCUAAUGCAAGACCACAGGGUGGUCAAGAUGUCAUUUCCAUGAUGGGUCAACUUAUGAAGCCGAAGAAAACUGAAAUCACAGAGAAACUCAGACAUGAAGUCAAUAAAGUUGUCGCAAAGUAUAUUGAUCAAGGCGUCGCAGAACUCGUCCCUGGUGUCCUUUUCAUUGACGAAGUUAAUAUGCUUGAUAUCGAAAUAUUUACUUACUUGAACAGAGCUCUAGAAUCAGAUAUUGCUCCAGUGGUAGUGUUAGCUUCGAAUAGAGGUAUGAUCACUGUACGUGGUACCGAAGAUGUCAUUUCUCCUCAUGGUGUUCCACCGGACUUAAUUGAUAGACUUUUGAUUGUGCGUACUUUACCAUAUAACAGAGAAGAAAUAAAAAGCAUCAUAUCAAAAAGAGCUACUGUUGAAAGUCUACAGGUCGAAGAUGAAGCGUUGGAAUUUUUAGCUACUUUGGGAACAGAAACUUCAUUACGUUAUGUUUUACAACUCUUGUCUCCAUCCGGAAUUAUCGCGAAACUUGCGAACCGUUCCGAAAUCAAGGUUACGGAUGUUGAAGAAGCUAAAUUAUUGUUCUUAGACGCGAAAAGAUCGACCAAAAUCCUAGAAGAAUCGGAAAAAUAUUUGUAA